AUGCCGCGGUCAGUUGCCACGUCAGCUCCGCGCUUUCCCGCAUUUCUCUCCCGCCCUCCCCUCCCGCUCAUCAUCGGCGCGCUUUUCGCGCUGCUGCUCCUAGGGUUGUUCCUCUCUUCGCCGCCCACGCCGUCGCUACCGACAAGCGUUCCCGCCCAUGACAGGCUGGCGAACUUCCACCCUGUCAGCGAGAAUUCUCAAACACUCACUCCCGCCUCUGAGCUCCCUCCAGGUCCAGGCCCAUUCCCUCAUUCCCCCCUUAGCACCCACCCCUGCUCUCUACAAACCGCAUCCCUCCCCUGCUUCUCACUCCCACCACGGCCAAUUCCCCUCCCUCCUGGUUCGGUGGGCUAUCAACAGGUGCGGCGAUGUGACAGAGAAGAAAUCCGGCCCGCCCUCUCCCCCGUCCCCUCCCUUGCACCCGCCUUCUUCCCACGACUCACCUCAUUCCAACCAUUCCCACCGCUGCCCAUUCCACCCGCCUUUCUUCUCUCUCCCCUCCAGGUGCGGUGGGCCAUCAUCGGGUGUGGCGAUGUGACAGAGAAGAAGUCCGGCCCGGCGCUCGCCCUCAUCCCGUCGUCUCGCCUCGUGGCUGUCAUGCGCCGCAACGCCACCCUGGCUCAGGACUACGCCCAGCGCCACCACGUGCCCAGGUGGGGAAUAGUAGGACUACGCGCAGCGCCACCAGUGCCAAUGAACGUGCCAGGUGGGGGCGGGCAAGGGGUGGGCGGGCAAGAGGGGGGGUUGCAGCGCUCCAACCGAUUUGGCAACGCUGCAGCGCCGCUUACUCUCGGUCGGCAUUGCUCUGGCUGA